AUGCCGCAUUUCCACAGCGCUGAAUUGUCCGGGCUCGUCCCCGUCGGUUUCCGGCCCAUCAUGUUGGCCGCAUCCCGCUGUUGGUCGCCCGGCCGCCGACGACUGUUGCGCCUCGUCACCCAGUCGCCGCCUCUCGGUCUCGGUCCGAGGCGUUUCGGCACCGAGGCUGUGGCCCACGAGCAUCCGGCAGCAGUCACAACGCGCUCUGAAGCCGGGGCUUCGCGCCGCCAACGCAUUCGCCACGCAAAGCCCUUUUCCGACUUCUUGACCGAUACCUUUGAUAGACAACACGACUAUCUGCGCAUCUCCGUGACCGAGCGCUGCAACCUUCGCUGUCUCUACUGCAUGCCCGAGGAAGGCGUCCCGCUGUCCCCCGACAAGGAGCUGCUCACCACCCCCGAGAUUGUGCUCCUGUCAUCCAUCUUCGUCGCCCAAGGCGUCACCAAGAUUCGCUUGACUGGGGGCGAGCCGACAGUUCGGCGCGACAUUGUGCCGCUCAUGCGCCAAAUCGGCGCCCUGCAACCAUCGGGACUGAAGGAGCUGUGCAUCACGACAAAUGGAAUCUCCCUCCAUCGAAAGCUGGACAGCAUGGUCGAGGCAGGCUUGACUGGCGUCAACCUCAGCCUCGAUACCCUGGACCCCUGGCAGUUCCAGAUCAUGACCCGAAGAAAGGGAUUCGACGCUGUUCGCAAGAGUAUCGACAGUAUCUUGGAGCUCAACAGGCUGGGUGCCGGCAUCAAGUUGAAGAUCAACUGUGUCGUCAUGCGGGGUGUCAACGACUCCCAAAUCCUCCCCUUUGUCGAGAUGACCCGGAGCGAGGACAUUGAGGUUCGGUUCAUCGAAUACAUGCCCUUUGACGGCAACAGAUGGAAUCGGGGCAAGAUGCUGAGCUAUGCCGACAUGCUGGACCGUAUCAGGACAGAGCAUCCAGACAUACAGAGAGGGCAGGAUCAUGCCAACGACACGAGUAAGACGUGGCACGUUCCCGGGUUUGUGGGGCGCAUCGGCUUCAUCACAAGCAUGACACACAACUUCUGCGGCACGUGCAACCGUCUCCGGAUCACGAGUGACGGAAACCUCAAGGUCUGUCUCUUUGGGAACGCCGAGGUGUCGCUUCGGGAUAUCCUUCGCAAAUCUAAUGAGGCCGAGCUCCUCGACGUCAUCGGCAUGGCGGUGAAGGGGAAAAAGGCCAAGCACGCGGGCAUUGGGGAGCUGGAGCACAUGAAGAAUCGACCGAUGAUCUUGAUAGAUCCUGUUUCCGCAUCCCUGGCGAAUCCUAUGCCGGCCAAGCUGUGGCAGGGCGUCGGUGAAGGCUCAUUUAGUCGACAUUGGACGCGUCCCCGCCUCUACGGGUCACUGGAGCACUAUCGCCCGUUUUCCAAGGCGCAGACUCUGUCGGGCAAUGCCACAGACGGGAGAAGCCAUGACGAGCAGGACAGGGUGGGAGAGCAGCAACAGCAGCCGCGGGAGGAGAGCAUUGGCCUCUCCCACGUGUCCGAGUGUGGAUGGGUACGGAUGGUGUCGAUUGCGGAAAAGAAGGUGACGUCGCGCGUAGCCACGGCGGCGUGCACGGUUACCUUCUCGGACGAAACGGCCGUCAGGCUCGUGGCGGAGAACCAGAUGAAGAAGGGCGACGUGCUGGCAGUGGCGCGAGUGGCGGGCAUCAUGGCGGCCAAGCGGACGGCGGAGCUGAUACCGCUGUGCCACCCAGUGGCCAUCUCGCGCGUGACGGUGGAGGUGGAGCCGGCGGCGGGGACGGCGGCGAUUGAGAUCCGGGCGACGGUGGCGUGCGACGGCAAGACCGGGGUGGAGAUGGAGGCUCUGACGGCGGCCUCGACGGCGGCGCUGACGGUCUACGAUAUGUGCAAGGCGGUGGACAAGGGCAUGCGCAUCGAGGGGCUACGGGUGGUGCUCAAGGACGGCGGGAGGAGUGGGAGAUGGGAGAUGGAAUGA